CACCCCCUAUUCACCACUCAAAUUGGAUAGAAUUUUCACGAAACCGAAAGGAAAAAGAAAAUCAUACUAAGAAGAAACUGAGAAAAACCAAAAAGGGUGCAGUGAAGUAUUCACACCAGAAAAACCGAUCCUUCGAGGGCUAAAAAGGUGAUGGGGUUGGGGAAUGAAAUAAAUGCGUGCCACACUCACCGUAGACUUUCCCAAUGAUGCCCACGGUGGAGGUCAUCUGGAGAUCCGGAAAAGUCAGCGGCAGCGUGUGCGGAUGGAGCUGAGCUGGCCCACCGGGAGCCAGCUCACGCUCCGUGGACAUUUUAGUCGGUGUCGGCGUCAGUUUGAGGCGGCGUCGCUGCUCCUGAAAAAUCAAGGAAUUCCUCUUCCUGCUCUCCACACCCAAAGUGGCAGCUACGAAUCCCAAGUGCGUGGUCAAGCCAGAAAUCGUCUGCGAUCGCCAGCCGGCCAACAUCAAGUUUGCCCUGAUUGAUUCAGCGCAAGAACAAGCCCAAGUCAAGGAGAUCCGCUUCAACAGCGAUAACCUAAACACACUAGAGCUGCUGCAGCUGUGCAACAAGCACGUGUCCAGCUUGGCACCGCGCGAGGAGAUCACCAACAAGGUCCUGACCAAGGCGGAGAAACAGAAACUAGCAGGAGGCGCCGGCGGCGGAAAGAAGGCAACCAAGAAGAAGUAACCAUCAGGAUGGUGAGGAAGCACAAAGGAACACUGGCGGUGAUCGAGAAGAUCUACCAGGAUAUACCCGCAUUCUCCGACAUCUUCACCGAGGAGAGCUUCUACAUGUUCGCCUUCUGUUUCGUGUGCGCCACCAUUCUGGUGGCCUUCAUUCUCUCCCGGUUCAUCACCAUCAAGCCCGUCGAUUUCUAAGCCAAUUGUAUUGUUCAAUUCCGCACACGUACUUUUCAAAAUAUAUAUACGCUCUAACAUGUAAC